AUGGGUAGUGCACCGUCAUCCUCGAUGCCAAAUUUCGAAGCACGAAUUCGAACAAAAGAUGGCAAGAGAUUUCGAAUCUCGUAUCAUGAUUUGGUUGAUCACAUCUUGUUGCUUCGUCAAGUGAUUGCUCAACCAGAAUUGACACAAGAAGGACCAACAUUGGAUCAUUUUAUCGACGAUUAUUGUAAUCGAAUGGCACGACAAGACAUGAAAAGCAAACAGCAACAAUUGAAACUUCCAUUGGAAACUGAAUGGAUUUGGCACGUUCAUCGUCUUCAUCCUUUAAGCUAUCACAAUGAUUGUACUAAACAACUUCCAAGUGGAAAACUUGUUGAUAAAAAAAUUCGUCAAGUUCUACAAAAUUCUAAACGUAAACAUGAUGCAAAGAUCUCGUUUUCAUCGAUAAAUAAGAAUUUCGUAUUUGUUCCAUCAAUCGAUUUGAGAAAGGCUGUCAUUCGGCAACGUGAUUUUCUUGAAAAGUUUCAAAAUCAUUAUCUAUAUUCAUUUGACUUGAAAAAGAUGGAUCGUUCGCAUUUUGUCCAUUUCGUACAAAAUUAUGUAUCAUUUAUGAAAUUGGCUAUAAAAAAGGAAAUGAUCGUACCAACUUUUGACAUUGAUUUGAUAUGGCAUACACAUAUGAGAUAUCCAUCACAAUAUCAAACUGCUUCAAUAGCUUUAUGUGGUUUUAUUCUUGAUCAUGAUGAUGCAAUAGAAUCAAAUACUUUAACGAAAGUUUAUAAGAAAACUGCUGAACGAUGGAAAAAGAUUUAUAACUCAGAAUAUGGUCACAAUAUUGAUCGAAAACAUUUAGAAACAUCACAAUACGUGAGUUCAUGUGCAAUGGUUUUCAUACCAGUUCACGUUUCGAGUGGUAGUGGAGCAUCGUCAUGUGGAGCGAUCGGGGGCAGUUGUGCAUCAAGCUGUAGCGGCGGAGGCUGUGGCGGUAAUGGCUGUGGCGGUGGAGGUUGUGGAGGUGGAGGUUGUGGCGGCGGAGGUUGUGGAGGUGGAGGUUGUGGUGGUGAUUGA